AUGGCCGCCUGCCCCUGCUGCGAGGCACUGGCAUCGGGCGGCGCAGUCUUCGACUAUGGCAGCCUUUCGGGCCCCCAGAAGUGGGGCGGCGUCUGCAGCGCCGGCACGCGCCAGUCGCCGAUCAAUAUCCCGCGCAAGGCGCUUGCGGCGGCGCUAAAGCGGCCGACGGGCGUCGGCGCCGGCACGUGCAGGCCUGCACAGCUAAACAUCACGGGAUACAAGCCUGCGAAGCCCUCCAUCCUCAACACGGGCGUAGGAACCAUGCAGGUCAACUUUGCGAAGGGCAGCCAGGUCCUGCUGUGCGGCGGCUCAGAGCUGGAGCUGCUGCAGUAUCACUUCCACACGCCCUCGGAGCACGCCUUUGACGGGGACCGCACCGCCAUGGAGGUGCACCUGGUGCACAAGAACGCCACCACGGGUGCGUGA